AUGCCAGAUCGGUCGUCGAAACCCGUCAAAGCAGAAAGCGCCGAAUCCGGAGUGCGCGGGCGGGGGAGUCUGGGGCGGCGUGGAACCGCCGGUGCGGUCCAUGGCGGCGCGGGAGCGGCGCUAGCGCGCGCGGUCGGCUCACGGCGGAGCACUGCCGGCGGGCGGUCCGCUGCCGCUGCCGCGCGGCCGCCCGCCCGCCUAGGGCUGCCACCGAUGCCAGCAACGCACCACACGCGGGCGAUAAAGGCGGCCAGGUGCGAGUCACACGCUGUCAGCGAGUUGUCUGGUGAUCAACUGCGUGUAGCAUCUCUCCGCAAUACAACCAACGGGCAGCAUCUAUGUGGAGCAACGCUGCUCACUCAGGAGGUUGCCAGCACUGCCGCGCACUGCGUCCAUGGCACGGGCUACCUUCUUCAGCUGAACAAUUUCUGCGGCGACCCGCCGCAUGCGACAGUCUUAGAAAUAUUUACGCACGAGCUUUAUGACAAGUAUUCACGUGCCCACGAUAUUGCUUUGCUUCGAGUAGAGCGACUAGAUUUGCCAGGACUUAAUGGAAACGUGCUGCCUGAGCAUUCGUUUGGCGCUGGAGGCGAAUGUAAAGUAUACGGCUACGGUGUUAAAGACGUGUCCACGUACGAACUGUCCGAGGCUCUAUUGGCAGCCAACGUGAGGAUAGUUCCCCUGGACGAAUGCACACAAUCUCUGGGGUCCUACAUGGCUCCCGAUUUUGACAGCGGAAUGAUAUGCGCUGUAGGGAACGGCGUCGACACUUGUGAAGGUGACUCCGGCGGGCCCCUGAUGUGCCAAGGUCUAGUGGAGGGCGUCAGCAGCCACGGGCUCGGCUGCGCCGCCCCGGGGGUGCCCGCGGUCUACACCAGUAUUAGGGCACACUUGGCUUGGAUAAAGCAAGUAAUACAGAACUGGGACACACAUACACAGGAAGAGGACACAAUUACAACAAGAAGCUAGGAUAUGAUACCUAUAUUAUGCACUUCAUUAUGUACCUACUCAAAAGAAGUAUGAAGUGUUGUGCGUUAAAAAGGAAAGCAGUAUAAUAUAGAAAUGGUACCUUCCUUAACGCUUAAAACGCGCAUGGUACGUUGUUGCGUUGAAUUGAAACAUACCGCGCGAUAUUUGUAGCAUACGUGCCUAGCGGAAAAUUACUGCGUCGAAGCAUAAAUUGGUCAAAUAUCAACAUAUUUCGUCUACUAUUUCAUUUAUUACAUUGAGGAACGAAAUAACUGUAUGAAUAUUUAUCGUUAUAGAAAAGAAUUAAUUCAAUUGUAGACGAUUUGAGACUAAAUCAAACUAUAGAUAUAGAACCAUCGAUUUAAAUUAGAUCG